CCUUCUACUGCUGUCACUUACACGUGUUCAUAUAUCCAAAAAAUUAGACGCCAACGGCAACAAACACAACAAAACGAGUGCCCAAUCCCGUUACCUUCUCUUUCCCGCUAGCUAACGCCACCGUAUCAUAAUAUUAUUAUUAUUAUUUUUAUUUAUUGCGCACACCGUUGCCAGAGUGUGUGCCAUUCCCUUCUGUUCCGCCGCCGCCGCCGAACAAAUCAACCAAGGGACGGAGAGUAAUGCUGUAGCCUCCGUAACGCCGUUCCGUGGUAGCGAGCGUUCGCUGGUUCCGCUGCGCAUUUUUCAGCAACGUAACGCUCCCUAUCACUCUCUUCCCUCCGACAAUCAAUUAAUUAACUCCUUCAAUCUAAUCUCACCUUGCGUUGACCCCUCCGCGGUGACAAUGCCUCACAAUCCUGACACCGUGGUCUACCUCCACGGCACCCUCGAUUUGGUAAUCGAGGAUGCUCGGUUCCUUCCGAACAUGGACAUGCUCUCCGAGCGCGUGCGAAGGUUCUUCUCUGCUCUUAACACCUGCAGCGCCUCCAUCACCGGGAAAAGGAAGCAACGACAUGCCCGCCACCGCCACCGCAAAAUCAUCACCAGCGAUCCUUACGUGACCGUCUGCCUCGCCGGCGCCACCGUUGCGCGCACCCGCGUGAUCUCGAACUCGCAGAACCCGACGUGGGACGAGCACUUCAAGAUCCCACUCGCUCACCCGGCCUCGCAGGUCGAGUUCUACGUCAAGGACAAUGACAUGUUCGGCGCCGACCUGAUCGGAGUCGCCACCGUCUCAGCCGAGAGGAUCCUCUCCGGCGAAGCCAUCCGCGACUGGUUUCCGAUCAUAGGAACGUUCGGGAAGCCGCCGAAGCCUGACUGCGCGGUGCGCCUGGCGAUGAAAUUCACGAGGUGCGAGGACAGUUUUAUGUACCGGUCCCGCACCGAAACGGAUCCGGACCGGUUCGUUGUUCGGGACUCGUAUUUUCCGGUUCGGCACGGAGGAUCGGUGACGCUGUAUCAGGACGCGCACGUGCCUGAUUCGAUGUUGCCGGAGGUUGAGUUAGAGGACGGGGUUGUGUUUGUGCACGGGAAGUGCUGGGAAGAUAUAUGUCACGCGAUAUUGGGAGCGCAUCAUUUGGUUUACAUUGUGGGUUGGUCCAUCUACCACAAGGUGAAGCUGGUCAGAGAGCCUACAAAACCCUUACCUAGCGGUGGGAACUUGAAUCUCGGGGAGUUGCUCAAGUACAAGUCGCAAGAAGGUUUGCGAGUUUUACUAUUGGUUUGGGAUGAUAAGACUUCGCACAGCAAGUUUGGCAUCAACACGAGUGGAGUAAUGCAAACGCAUGAUGAAGAAACUCGAAAGUUUUUCAAGCAUUCAUCAGUUAGAUGUUUGCUGUCACCAAGAUAUGCCAGCAGUAAGCUUAGCAUUUUCAAGCAGCAGGUUGUUGGCACUCUCUUUACACAUCAUCAGAAAUGUGUGAUAGUGGAUACUCAAGCACACGGUAAUAAUCGGAAGAUAACUGCAUUUAUAGGUGGUCUAGAUCUUUGUGAUGGCCGGUAUGAUACACCCGAGCAUAGAAUUUUACGUGAUAUCGACACUGUUUAUCAGGACGAUUAUCAUAAUCCCACGUUUUGUGCGGGAACCAAGGGUCCAAGGCAACCAUGGCAUGAUUUACAUUGCAAAAUUGAAGGCCCUGCUGCAUAUGAUAUACUCACUAAUUUUGAGCAGCGCUGGAGAAAAGCCACCAAAUGGUCUGAGUUGGGUCGGAAACUCAAGAGAGUAUCUCACUGGAACGAUGAUUCUUUGAUCAAGUUAGAACGCAUCUUUUGGAUUCUUAGUCCUUCGGAAUCAACUCCAGUUGAUGAUCCUGAACUAUGGGUUUCGAAGGAAGACGAUCCUGAAAAUUGGCAUGUUCAGGUUUUUCGAUCCAUAGAUUCUGGUUCUUUGAAAGGAUUCCCUAAGGAUGUAGUUGUUGCCGAGACUCAGAACCUUGUUUGUGCAAAAAAUUUGGUCAUAGACAAGAGUAUUCAAACAGCAUAUAUACAUGCGAUCAGAUCUGCUCAACAUUUUAUUUAUAUCGAGAAUCAAUAUUUUAUUGGAUCAUCCUUUGCUUGGCCAGCUUACAAAGAAGCAGGUGCUGAUAACCUAAUUCCUGUGGAGUUGGCACUGAAGAUAGUCAGUAAGAUAAGAUCGAAGGAGAGAUUCACAGUUUAUAUUGUCAUCCCAAUGUGGCCUGAAGGUUCCCCUUCUUCUACUUCAGUGCAAGAGAUACUCUUUUGGCAGGGACAAACAAUGAAAAUGAUGUAUGAAAUCAUAGCUCUGGAGUUAAAAUCUAUGCAGCUUGAUAGUCAUCCACAAGAUUACCUCAAUUUUUACUGUCUUGGAAACCGAGAGCAGUUGACAACUGAAGUUUCAAGUUCAAGUAAUUCACCUUCAGAUAAUGGCGAAACGGUUUCAGCCUCACAAAAGUUCCGACGGUUUAUGAUUUAUGUACAUGCCAAAGGAAUGAUUGUGGAUGAUGAAUAUGUAAUUCUUGGGUCUGCCAAUAUAAAUCAACGAUCUUUGGCUGGAUCCAGAGAUACUGAGAUAGCAAUGGGUGCACAUCAACCGCAUCAUACAUGGAGUCAGAAAAAGAGGCAUCCACAUGGUCAGGUAUAUGGGUAUAGAAUGUCUUUGUGGGCAGAACACAUGGAAACCAUAGAAGCUUGCUUCAAGGAGCCUGAAAGCUUGGAGUGUGUGAAAAGUGUGAACAAGAUUGCUGAAGACAACUGGAAGAAGUACACAGCUGAUGACUAUACUCCAUUGCAAGGGCACAUAAUGAAGUAUCCCGUGUGUGUAAAUGCCUAUGGGAAGGUAAAGUCCUUAACUGGAUUUGAGUCUUUCCCAGAUGUUGGUGGCAAGGUGCUUGGCUCCCGGUCUACCCUUCCUGACGCUCUAACUACAUAGCAUACCCUCUUAAUUUCUACGUGAAAAUAAGUACCAAAGUCUCAGAGAAGAAGAGAGAGGGAUCAAUUGGAUUUUGCUGGCGUGCUUGGUGUAAACUGUUAAAAAGAGGCCUUGCCCCUGCAUUUUUUUAAACCAUUUACACGGUGGUAUAGUAUGCAACAGGCUGCGUAUAUAGUAAAUUAUUAUUAAUCAGUGGACUGUAUGUCACAGCCACAUUGUAAAUUUGUAUUAGUAUCCAUUCUUUUUUGCCAAGUGGUGGAACGCGCUAUAAACCAUGGUAUCUUAAUUCUUAAAUCAGUAACCCCGCCUGAAAGGCAAUUGAUUUCAAGGAUAUCGAUCAUCACUGUACUAGUGCAAAUACAUUUCAGUAGGAAAAAAAUGUUAAGAUUAAUUAUUUAUUA